CAGACCUCGAUGUCAGGCAUCACCUGACCGUUUUAGGUCUACACAGGAAGUGGUUUGGCGAAUUCAACAUGGCUGUUUUUCUGCAAGUAGAGGAGGACUUGUCUUAAGCAAUGAAAUAGUCAGACUUUCUUAAAUUAUUAGGCAGUUGACUCAGUUCUGUGCGUUACGUGGUUUUACGUGACUCGUCCGACAUGGCCCAGUGUGUUCAGUCUGUUCAGGAGUUCGUUCAGGACUCGUUUGUCCCGAUGGUGGCCGUAUUAUGUAGUGAAGAAGCGGAGAGAGUGACUCGCAAGAACAAUCUGAAUUUCGCUGAGCUGCUGAGGCCUUUCUGCAGAUUAACGUCCGAAGGUCACAUCCGGGACCCAAACAACCAGGUGCAGGCUGUGAAAAAUUUGCGUAUCUGUGUCAACAAUGUGGUGACAAGCCCAAACACAGUGUCUGCUGCACUUAGUCCCGCCCAGCGCAGGCUGCUCAAUGAAGUGGUGUUGUCCUGUCAGCCACAAGAGGGAGCUGUCACCAGUGUGAUCACAGCGGGAGACUACGAUCUCAACUUCAGUGCAACCACACCUUGGUUUGAAGCCUACAGGGAGAGCUUCCUGCAGUCAAUGCCUGCCUCUGACCAUGAGUUCCUCAAUCACUACCUCGCCUGCCUGUUGGUGGUGUCCUCCACUGAGGCAGUCCCUGUGGAGCAGUUCCUCAAGCUUUCCCAGGAGCAGCACAGGAUUCAACACAGUGGAGAAUACACUAACCCUAAGUGGUUUAUCCCCAACACACUCAAGUACUAUGUCCUACUACAUGACAUUAGUGAGGGGGAUGAGCAGAGGGCAGAUACAGUGUAUGAGGAUAUGAAGCAGAGGUAUGGUUCUCAGGGCUGCUAUCUGUUGAAAAUAAACUCUCGGACCUUCUCAACUGAAGAUGAUGAACAGAUUCCAGACCCCUGGAGUCAAUACCUGCACAGGAAUAUUCUCCAUAACCAGGAUAUACUUGAUGAUCUAACUGUGAAUAGCGCUGCUGUUGAGAACAGUAUCAGUGCAGCUGAAGUAGACUGCCAUCAUCCAACAGAAAAAGCAGAUGGACUGUCCAACAGUCUAGAAAACCAUCCUCUCCAGCUGGACACAGCGAGCAGUCCGGGGAGCCUGCACACCGCCAGUGCUGUCAACACUGACCUGAAGAAAGGUGCAAGAGAUUCAGAGAGUAUAGCGGGAGGAGCAGGGAGCCACGGGGCAUGUCUGACCCUGAAUGACCAUGACCACAUCAGGCAGUUCAUCCAGGAGUUUACCUUCAGAGGUCUUCUGCCACACAUAGAGAAGAACAUCCGACAGCUCAAUGACCAGCUGGUCUCCAGGAAAGGUCUGAGUCGUUCCCUGUUCACUGCGACCAAGAAGUGGUUCGGUGGAGGAAAAGGUCCAGAGAAGAGCAUCACUGAACCAAAGAGCACAUGUGGCCUUCUAUAUCCCCCAGAAGCCCCUGAGUUGCAGAUCAGGAAGAUGGCUGACCUGUGCUUCCUUGUUCAGCACUACGAGCUGGCCUACAGCUGCUAUCAUACCGCUAAGAAAGAUUUCCUGUCAGACCAGGCCAUGCUGUAUGCUGCAGGAGCACUGGAAAUGGCUGCAGUGUCAGCCUUUCUGCAAGCUGGAGCUCCCAGACCGUAUCCAGCACACUACAUGGACACUGCAAUACAGACGUACAGAGAUGUCUGCAAGAACAUGGUGCUGGCUGAGCGAUGUGCUUUACUCAGUGCUGAGAUACUCAAGAGCCAGGGAAAAUACUCAGAGGCUGCAACUCUGCUCAUUAAGAUGACCAGUGAGGACUCAGACCUGCGUAGUGCUUUGCUGUUGGAACAGGCCGCCCACUGCUUUAUUAAUAUGCGUAACCCCAUGGUGCGCAAGUUUGCCUUCCAUAUGAUCUUGGCUGGUCAUCGUUUCAGCAAAGCGGGACAGAGGAAGCAUGCACUGCGCUGUUACUGCCAAGCCAUGCAGGUGUACAAGGAGAGGGGCUGGUCUUUGGCUGAAGACCAUAUCAACUUCACAAUCGGUCGUCAGUCCUUUACACUUCGCCAACCAGAGAAUGCAGUAACAGCCUUCAGACAGAUCCUGACCAAUGACAGCAGACAGACAGCCACACAACAGGGAGCCUUUCUCAGAGAAUAUCUCUAUGUUUAUAAGAGUGUGAUAGGGGUAAAUGAGGUCAGUCUUCCCCAGCUGCCUCUGCCCUGCAUCCACAGCUCAGCCACAAGGGUCUACUUUGGACAUGAACGCCGCCUUGCAGAAGGGGAAAAACAGGCUGCCACCCAUGUGUCCCUAGACCAGGAGUAUGACCAGGAUUUGGCAGCCAUGUGGUGCCACCUAGAGGAGCAGCUUGUGGCUGCUGCCAACCGGGGGAUUGUCCCAGCAAACUUCCAGCCCACCCAGUGCUGCCUGAACAGCCAGACAGACAACUUGCGGCAUCCACUGGCUGUGGUAGAAGAGCCAAUCAUAGUGGAGGUGACAUUCAGGAACCCGUUGAAGGUUUCUCUGGCUCUGUCCAACCUCUCACUCCUCUGGAAGUUCACUGCUGAUGAUGCACCUCCAUCAAAGGAGAAGACGGCUGAAAAGUUGGCAGGAGAGGCCAUCACCAACGAGGAGACUCUGGCUCUAGGGGUGGGCAACAUGACACAGAAAGAUGACAUUGUCACAACUGAGACCAUCCUAGAUUUUCAUUUGGGUCCAGAGGAAACCAAAAUGGCCCGACUCAGGCUGCUGCCACACAGAACUGGACAGCUGAACAUUGUCGGUGUGGUGUACAACCUGGCUGAAGCCUCCUCUGGAGAGAUGGCUCUCAACUCUGAUGGCCAGCAGACAGUGGAUUUGAUGGUGGUUCGUGGAAAACAGGACCUGAUGAUCCGGGGCCCACGACUCAACCAGACCAAAGAGGACAAAAUGUUGGUUCGACAUGGUCCUGAUCGGCGUCUGGAUCCCAUCAUUACACCAUCUAUGCCCCUGAUGGAGGUGUUCUUCCUACAGUUUCCCACUGCUCUGCUGUGUGGUGAGAUCAGGAAGGCCUACGUUGAAUUCUGUAAUGUCAGCAGCGUUGCUCUCUGCAGCCUGCGAGUGGCGUCCACACACCCCGAUUUUUUCACCUUUGGCAGCAAGGCCACUACACCCCUUACGCCGCUCAGCCCGACCUCAGCUGAAAACUGCUCAGCCUAUAAAACUUUGGCCACGACCCCCCAGCCAGGCUCAGUGGCAUCUGAGAUUUUGGUUUCAGCUGAGGAUUUCAGCCAGCUGUCCAGUGUGAUGGAGAUCCCAAUAGAUGGCAACAUGCUGCAACCAGGGAAGUCCAUCCAGCUGCCUCUCUGGCUCAGAGGACCAGACCAGGAGGGAGUCCAUGAAAUCAACUUCCUGUUCUACUAUGAGAGCACACAGAAAGGAAACAAACUCAGUCAUCGGGUGUUACGUCACACAGUGUUUAUCUGUGCCAGUCGAUCUCUGAGUGUGCAGGCAUCGGCCUCUCGCAGCAGUGUCCCUCCACAUCACAGCCUGGAUGACAAAGGCCAUGGUGGAACGCUGGUCUUCAUUGAUGUGGAGAACAUCAAUACGAGUGAGUCUGGUGUGCGUGAGUUCCACAUUGUCCAGGUGUCCAGCAGCAGUCAACACUGGCGCCUCCACAAAUGCAUCAACCCAGCCAGGGAUAAAGACUGUAAACUCACCAGCAGAGAAAGAGCCAAGCUGUGUUUCAGGGCCACACAAUGCAAGCCGCUCCAAGCUUCCUCGGAUGCUGUAGAGAAAUACAUUUUUGCAGACCUGAAUCUGGGAAAUGAACGGAUCAUCAGUUCCUCCACACCCUGUGGAGAUUUCUUCUUCCGUUGCUGUCUGACCUCAGAGUCUCAGCGAGUGGAUGUGGCAUCAUCCGGACAUCCAUCCAGUAGCAAGAGUCAGGGGUCUGUCCCAUCUGAGGACAGAGCCUCUGACAUCACCAGCAUUGUCAAGAAGUGUAAUGAGCUGGACCUCAACAUAAUUGUCAUUUGGAAGGCCUAUGUGGUUGAGGACAACAAACAGCUGAUCCUAGAGGGCCAGCUCCAUGUGGCACUGCAGACCAUCGGCAAAGAGGCCACGUCACUGACUCCCAAAGAGGAAGCUCAGGAGAUGGUGCUUCUCAAGUUUAAAUCAGAGCUGCCUCUUCCAGUCGUCCUGCCUUCUGCAGAGCUGUCUCAGCUCAUCAAAACCAACCUACACUACCCCGAGACCUACACACAUCCCUUUGUCCAGGAUAGUCUCUGCCUGGUACCAGUUACUCUGAGUCUGUCCAACUGUUCGUUGGCUCAAGUUGAUGUCAUCAUUGACUUGCGGCACAAAAGCACCAGCCCAGAGUCUCUGGAGGUCCACAACUCAUUCACCUGGGUGGGUCAGACCCAGUACAAGCUGCAGCUGAAGCCUCAGGAAGUGCUGUGCCUGACUCUACGAGCCUGUUUCCUCCAGGCAGGAGUCUACAACCUUAACACGCCGCGAGUUUUUGCAAAACCGGCCAAGCAGGGAGCUAUGUGUGAGACGAGUCAGCAGACAGCUAGCCCUGCUCUCAUUAUCAUCAACAACGCCUGAGAAGAGCAUCAUGGUUUAAAGAUAGGUGGGUCUGGACUUUAUGGACACAGAAAUCAUUGACCAGCGCCCACUAGCUACUCUUAAGGUGACCAUACUAGGUCUUCUUGAAUAGUACUGGACAGUAGGACACACAUACAUUAUGUAUCUAUAGUAAAAUAGAAAAGCAUUUGUUUCAAACAGCUACAGUUUAUAGACAUUGAUGAGCUAAUGGUACAGGUUAAGUGGCUGGACAGUUUAUGGACCUCAGAGCUAAUGAGUGACAUCAGCUAAGCAUCAUCACACAUGGUUUACCCUCCUACCAUCAGGUCAUCCAUACUCCUCCUGUCUCCAGCUGCCCUGUUUCACCCACCAGCACCCACUUACUGUUUGAAAGUGUAGGUUUGCUGAUGUAGACCAGAAUGUUGACUCUGAUCUAAAACCUUAAAGAAAAAUCAGAGACAAACUGCUGCACUUAUUUUGUACAGGGUGUGUGUCCAUGAUGAGCUACAUUACAGGGGUAUUGGUUUGUGUACAUCUGGUCCAGUUCAGUUGGACUGGCCUUUAGUUCCAUUCUCUGUGGAAUGAUGUCUGCUGUCUGUCUGUUUUAACAACUUCAAGCUGCAAAUAUACUGAACCGUUACAAAAUCAGAUGUCAAACUCCAGAAUGAACUGAGCAUCUGUUUUGAAAUUUCACUUACUGUUUCAUCCUAAUGAGCUGUCUGAGUGUUGUACAUCUCACCACCCAGUCACCUUUUCAUUGAGUCUGCGGCUACAAAGCUCCAGCUUAUCCUGAAGUCCAAGGCAAGAUGGAGGCUGAUAACUGUACCAUGUCCUACUGCCCAUUCUGUGUCAGUACAUCAGGCUACCAUGUCCUUGUGUGCACGCAGUUGAUUUUCUAAAGUCUGUUUAACCUCACUGUAUUGUGAUCAAGCUCUUGUAUGCAUUGAAUUGACUGCUUUUCUGAAAAUUAUGCAUUAUAUUUAUAUAACAAAUUGGGUGUAAAUAGAAAAUAAAAUGUAACUAAUGAUACUGUAUGUAUUGUAAGAGACAUCUGGACAGGGAAAAUUUGACAUUUAUAUAGUAUAGUGCCGUGACAGUGACAGUUUCAGAUCCUUUAAGUAUAUAAAAAUUGAAAACGUGUGUGGAAAAAAAUAAUAUAAUGUAAAAGACUCUUAGCACUGUAGCAAAUGUGUGUUGGAUUUAUUGUCUCAGGCAACAGAGGUACUUAACUGUAUCCAGACCUGUAAUUUUUUUCUGGGAAUUUGGUGGUUCCAGCAACCUAAGUUACAAUCCCUAAUUUAAUAUUCACACAUUAUGGGUAUUUUACUGACUAAUACCAAUAUAGCAAUAUUUUCUUUAGCAUGUUUAAAUAAACUGUAAAUACUUUCAGACCAACAAAAUUCAGUAUUUAGUAUAUAUAUAGAGUCUGUAUUACUCAAGCAGAAUCUGCAGGUAGUUUAGAGAAGACUUUGAAACAGCAUUCGGACUUUCAUGGUGGGACAUAAGAUUUGCAGGAAAUAUAGAUCUAUCAUUAAAACUAAAUUCAACUUUAAUUUAUUCAAAUAUAUUUUGUUGUGUAACUGUUAACAAACUUUAAACCUAAUUCUGGUCAGUAAUAAAAAAAUGAAAAAUGCUAGGAACAGCAACUGCCUACAUGGGUCAUGGAAGGCAUGUAAAUGUGUGUGUGUAUUAUAUAUAAUACUCAUUGGUAGUAGUAUUUUAUAAUAUUACUCAUUAUUUCAUCUUUGUCUAUAAUUAACAGGGUAGAUUUAUUUAUUUUCUGUAAAAUAAACUAUUUCAUUUUUCAUUUUUAAGACCAAAAAUUGGGUACACAUCUUUUUUUAAAAGCACAUUUUAUAACUCUAUAACAUCAUGCUUCUUUCCUAUUCAAGUUACCAAAAAUAGAAGACCAGGACAUUUGCAUCAGAAUUAUAUUGUUCCAUCCAUCCAUUAUCUAUACCUCAUUUGAAAGAUGUGGAGGUGGCUGGAGUCUAUCCCAGCUGACACUGGGGGCGGGAGGUGGCAAUGGCCUUUUUUGCGUAAUGGGUACGUAUUUAGAAAUUCAACAUAAGUCAAUGAUAACCCAUUUUCAUGUAGAAAUUAUUUUAUUCUAUGGAAUAAUAUUGCCAUUGAGCCAUUUCUGAACAAACAUUUUUGUGUUUAAAUUAAAUAUCUUGGCUAUUCCAUAUGUAAUAUCUGUAUGGAGAGAAGCUGUGCUUUAAGGCCAAGGUCCAAGCUAACAGUACCUGCUAGUGGCUGGUUUUGCAGGAGGAUUCUCUACAUAAUAACUGCAUUUAAGUAGAAAUUCAUCCCACAAAUUUUACUGAAUUCUUUUAGUUCUAUAAGCGAGAAAACUUUAGAAGUAUAAUAUGCAGGAUUUCUCUCUGUAUUUUCUUACUUAUGUGUUUGGGACAUUUCACAGUGGGUGUGUAGCCAGUGACAGUACAUAGGGUCUGAGGGGUUCGUAGCAACCAGAUUAUAUUGCUGUCUUCAUCUCCCUCCUCAGUCUUUGUCGGUGAUACAAAGAGCUGCAGGUCUGUGUCUGUUGGAGCGAGAGUGGGCCUUAGUUUGGUCCACAUUCAUUCAAAAUCCAGUGACACUGCAUCUUCCCACAGGGUUGUGCAGAGGUGUGGGCAUGUUUAUUUGUACUUUAGAACGUAACCACUGUGAAACGAUCAGAAAAUAAAGUUUUAUUUUUCUGA